CGACACGGCCGAGCUGUGGCAUGGACUAAACCGCCCCUUUCUUAGUGGCCAAUGGAGAACAGCUUAGGGCGGGACCGGACCACGCUGAGAGCCAAUCAUCUCGUUCUGGAGGGAAGGGCCCUGUGGCUUCUGGGUACCGGAGUGGUUGUCCCUCCCCUCGUCCCGGAGCCCGGGAAAACCCGGAGCGGGGAUCAGAAAGAACCAGGCCGGGCCAGGCAGGGCCGAGCGGGGCCGGGGUCGGGGCCGGGCCGGGGCCGAGGUCGGCGUCUCGCCCGCCCGUCGCCACGUCCCCUCAGUCCAACGCCGCAGGGACCGGGCCCAGGGGAACCGGAGCGCGCCCGGGAGGUGCCCCCCAAGAAGCCAUGGAACUCGGUGGCAAGAAGAAGCUUCAUGCCCUGUCCUUGGCAGAGAAGAUCCAGGUGCUUGAGCUCCUGGAUGAGUCCAAGAUGUCCCAGUCGGAGGUGGCCCGGCGCUUUCAGGUCUCUCAGCCUCAGAUCUCCCGAAUCUGCAAGAAUAAGGAAAAACUUCUGGCAGAUUGGUGCAGCGGCACAGCCAACCGGGAGCGCAAGCGCAAGCGGGAGUCCAAGUACAGCAGCAUCGACGAGGCGCUGCUGUGCUGGUAUCACAUUGCACGGGCCAAGGCCUGGGAUGUCACGGGCCCCAUGCUGCUACACAAAGCCAAGGAGCUGGCAGACCUCCUGGGCCAGGCCUUCGUGCCCAGCAUUGGCUGGCUGGUGCGCUGGAAGCGCCGCAACAACGUGGGUUUAGGGGCUCGCCAUGUCCUCCCUCCUCCUCCUCCUCCGGCUUCCCCAGAGCCCGCUCCCUUGGGCACCGACCCCCACACGCCCAUUGCCCUGAAAGACUUUUCCCCAGAGGAUAUCUUUGGCUGCACCACAGUGCCCCUGUUGUAUCGAGCAGUCCCAGGUGGGGUGGCAUCAGGGGAGCGGUUACAGGUGUUAUUGUGUGCCAACAGCGGAGGGACAGAGAAGCGUCGGCUGGUGGUCACAGGGGGCCGUCGGCCUUCUCCGCGGUGCUUUUUUGGGGUCAGCAGUGAGGCUCUGCCUGUCCUCUACUGCCCGGGCCCACACAUCCCAUGGGCAGACUGGCUGGCCCAGUUGGAUCAGGACAUGGGACAGCAAGGUCGCCAUGUGGCCUUGCUGCUGACUGCCCACCCAACCAGGGGGACUGAGGAGCUGCCUGAGCUUCAGCAUGUGAGACUGCUGCCUCUGCCCACUGGUGGUACCAUACCCUGCUUACCCCCUCCUAUAGUGAGAGACUUCAAGACCCGCUACCGGCACCGCCUCCUGAGUAAGCUGGCGGCUCUCCAAGGGGAAACAGGUGGCACGUCUCUGGGUGCUGCUGGGGCAGGCAUCACAGUGCUCGAUGCCCUGCAUAUGAUGGCAGCUGCUUGGGACAAAGUGCCUGCCAGCUUCAUCAGGAGCAGCUUUGCUCUCGCUGGCCUGUGGCCCAGCAGAACUCCACCAUCUGCAAAAGAAGUGCCCAAGAUGCCGCCACUACCUGGCGGGCUGAGACCCGAAGAGUUUUCCCACUUUGUGGACCUGGAGGGUGAGGAGAUGGACACGGGAGGGUGCAAGGAAGAAGCGACCAGUGAAGGUGAGGAGGGGAAUGACGGGGACGAUGGCUUCGAGCCUUUGCCUACCAAAGCAGAUGCCUUGCGGGCCCUGAGCACCUUGCGGCGAUGGUUUGAGUGCAACGGGGCUUCCCCUGAACUCUUUGGGAAGUUUUAUGACUGUGAAGAGGAGGUAGAACGCCUGUGCUACCAGUGAGGGCCCCCAGGCCAGGCGAGUCCCGCACCUUCCUGUUUCCCAUGGAAACGCCAACAGAGGGCACUUUGGGGAUUUCUUUCCAGUGGAAAUAUGACGAGAUACGAGAGAAGUUGGGAUAUCCAAGGCCAGGCUAGGACGGCUUCUUUAUCCUUGAGCAGAGGGGCUUUGAACUGAGGCCACUGAUGGGGCCAAGAAUUCCAAAUAUAUUGCCUAGGGAUACUUCAACCCACUUGGAAAUUCCAGGGUAUUAGAAGAGAAGCCAUCAACAGGGCCUCUGGGAGCUUGGAUACAGGGAAUCCAGACUUUCUAACCAGCGUGAGAACUCCAUGAAUUCUGUGUUAAUAACCAAUUCUGCUGACGGCAAUCAAGUUUGGAAACAAAAGGAGCCUGGGCGUCACUUCCACAAGACUCAAGGGAGUUGGACAGGGGCCAGAGGGUGCCUCACGGACACUUCCUGUGUCCCAGGCCCCUCCAAUCAUGGUGAUCGGUGCUGCAGCUCAGGCUUCCAGGCAGAGGGAGUAAAAGGAAUUUCCUUUCAGGGGGGGCCCCAGCAGACCUCAAGAGAAAGAGGAGCUGCAUUAGCCAAGAAAUAACUGGGAAGGAGCCAAGGGGAAGAGCAUCCCAAUGAGGAAACAAGAGAGAGGUGCUUUGGCUUCUCAAGGCCAGGACCCUCCUGUUUUCUGAUUAAGGUUCCUGCUCUUGACUCCUACUUGGCUUUGGGAAGACCUCUCCUUCCCAAGGAGCCUGAGCACCUGAUGAGGACAUCCGGCCAGUCCUGUUACUCUCUUCUAAAGCCGAGUGGAAAUCGGUCACCAGGGAAACUGAGACCUUGGACAUCGGCCCAGGUCUCUGCGGUCACUGUGGGUCAGAUAAAGAGCUACCAGAAAGGCCGAGGGGUGCACUAGUACCUGUACAGGAAGUGUGUUCACACAGGAAGCCACAGAGUCCGUCUGAUGUUGGGAGAGGCCUGCCAGGGGCACCACGUGGGGUAAAUCACUUCUCUGCCCCCCAGACUGAGUGGCUUGGAGCUCUGACAGUCAGUGUUUCUAAGGCCGCCCCAAACCCAGCGCCUGAGGAGAUUCUGUCUAAAGCCUGUGAUUGCAAGGGUCUGGGAGGGUUUUUCUUGCUGAAUCCCCUUGAUACUGAACGACAGAAAAUCAAGGUCCAGAGUGUGGGUGGAAGACGCGCCCUGUGGUUGGUAGAGCUCCUCUGACCUGGCCACAGGCCCCAGCGGGGCCCGUCGCCCACAUUGCGGGUGGCUGGGAAAAGCCUGCCCCGGCACUUAUUUUACCCUCAAUAUGGCGCUUGGCUGUGCGAGUGGCUGUCUGCUCAUCAGUUUUUUUAAAGCCAAAAGCAAACUUAGGAGUCAUUAACAACCUUCUACAAAUGUAUAAUCCAGCUGGACUAGGGGGAGGAGGGAAAGUCCCUUAUUCCAGGGUACUUUGGGAUCUAACUGCCCUCCUCACAGGUAUGAUUUUCCUUAUUAUCCCUCCUCUAUUGUCAGAAAUGCCUGCAGGGCAGCUAAGUGGCACAAUGAAUAGAGCGCUGGAUCUGGAGUCAGGAAGACCUGAGUUCAAAUCCAGCCUCAGAUACUGCCUAGCUAUAUGACCCUGGGCAAGUCACUGCUCUGUUUGCCUCAGUUUCCUCACUUGUCAGAUGGGCUGGAGAAGGAAAUGGCAAACCAUUCCAGUUUCUUUACCAAGAAAACUCCAAAUGGGAUCCCAAAGAGUCAGAUACAAUUGAAAAAUGACUGAAUGACAAAAAAGAAAGAAACCACUCCAAAACCCCUUGAAGUUUCCAUUUCAGGCUUUUUACUCAGGGUAGGCAAUGUAGGCACCUGUCCCACACCACUGACCCUCUUUGUCAAAGGGCUCAGGGCUCAAGGAGAGAAAGAACUCGAAGAAAAAUCACAGCCACUGAAGCAAGAACACCUUUGACAAAGCCUUCUGAACCAAGUGUGGAAUCUUUGGGUCCAUCAAGGAAGGCUUAGCAGUGACUUACCUGAGGUAACAUAGGUAGGAAGUAGCAGGUCUAGUAAUUAGCCAAGCCAAGAUCUGAACCCUAGUCUUCUGACCCUAUAUCUAGUGCCCUCUAGGUAGUAAGAGUCAGUCAUCUUUCCCCUAGAAUUCUGGAGCUGGGAGGGGUCUCUAGGUCUCCUCCUCUGGCCCCUACCUCUAGGGAGGCCAGUGAUGAAUGGAUUUCUACUUUUAAAAGGUCUUUCGGAAUAAAGAUUCAACUUCCUCCCUUGG